AUGGAAGAAAGUCGAUCAAAUGACCUCAAGGUGUUAGAACUUGCCCUUACAAUGAAAAAACUGAAAUUGAAAGAGAUGCAGUUGGUUUUCAACUCUGAUUUGAAUCAUCUAGAGAGGUCAAAGUUGACCAUGGGAAUGUCAAAGGCGUCUUUUAGAGUUAAAAAGUUUAAGAAUCAAUUAGAAGAUUUGAGACAUGGUGAACUGAUUCAAAACUGCAUAGAUUGUCUUAUUCCUGGUCUUCUUGUCAUGUCCUCCUCACUUACAUAUGGUGCUUAUGUUUAUUCCUAUGAACAAAUUGCUGAAUCAACUACAUCAUGCAAUCGUUCAAAUAAGGAAUUCAAGUCGUGGUGGAGUCUGAAAUCAAUGUUCUCUUUGGAUUCAAAGUUACACGUUUUAUGGUGUCAAGUUCAAGUUAUGAGCCGAAUAGCAUUUGGCGUCUAA